AUGGAGUUUGUUGUCGAUACAUUGCGCGAUAUCGUCAGCGUGGCUGAUGCGCCUGGCAUUCCGUGGCGCACGAUUGUGCUGGGGGCGUUGACGUUGCAGUAUGUGGUCGAAAUGUAUGUGGUGUGGCGACAGGCACAGAUGUACAGGAACACGUCGAUACCCACUGCGUUGGCACCGUUUUUGAAUGCAGCCGACUUUUCUGCGCGGCAGCGGACUAGUCAGGCGCAAGUGCGCAUGCAAAUGGUACACAAGACAGCCAGGUAUGCAUUAGACGUUGUGCGAGUGGCAUUCUUCGUGUACGCGUAUGCAUGGAAAUGGGGCGAUGCGCUGCUGGACAGGCUCCAUUGGUCACAUACAGAGCUGAAAGUGUCGCUCAUGUAUGCCGUUGUGCUGGCCCUCAUGCUCUUCCCACUGGAACCUGUGAUGGAAGCGUACGAAAAGUACACGAUCAAGCGGCACGACACGCCAGGCAUGCCACAAUGGCGCUCGUACCUCACAACUUACAUGAGCAUGGUGCCAUUUGCGUUGCUACUAGGGAUUCUGCUCACGAGUGUGUGCGUGAGCCUGGCGCGGCUCGUUGGGGAUGCGCUUCCGCUGUGUAUUCUGAUAGUGGGAUGGGUCGGCUCGACCAUAUCCCAAUUCAUGUGGCCACAGCUUAUUCGUCCCCUUGUCGAUCAGCCAUAUGUGCUUACGAGUGGCACGCUGUAUGAUCGAGUUCAUGCCGUCGCGCAGAAAGUGCAAUUCCCCUUGGAGCAUGUCUUUUUCGUCGAGAAUAGUUCGCAGCUUCACCAAAGUUGCGUGUACUUGGUGGGUCUCGGCACAAAGACCAAAUGUAUUGUCCUACGCGACAAACUUGCGGCAGAGGAUGAAAUGGAAGCGUUACUUGUGCGCGAGCUUGGACACUGGGCUUUGCGGCACACACGUGUGCUGACGGCCGUUUCAUUCGUGGACCACAUGCUCAAGGUGCUGCUAGUAGCACUGUUGAUUCAAAAUGCAUCGCUAUUUCGGGACUUUGGCUUCGACGUCGUCGCUGAGGCGGCUGUGCGUCCGGCCGCUCACGCUGUGGUGUCUGUGCCUUACAUGCCACUUCUUGUCGGCUGGCAUUUGUGUAGCCUGCUUCGCAAACCGAUUUGUGCACUUGUACAAUUUGGAUUGAAUCUAUACGUACACCACAUGGAACUUGCCGCCGACCGAUAUGCAGCGAUGAUGCAGCGCCCAAGUGCAACGCGGGCGGAGGAAGGCGCUCGCGAAGCUCUGCGGAAGCAAGAGGAUGUCGCCAAGCUAGACGAGACGUCUCGCGACUGGGCGACAAAGCUGUGUGCGUGGCCAGCGCCUAAGACCAGUGAAGCCUAUGCGCCCUUACUUGCUCGUGCCAUUGUGACUUUGGAGAUUCAGAAUCUCUUGUUUGCCUCGGCGCAUGAUGAUGCUUUGUACAGUGCCUACUACUAUGCAAGGCCAACGCCAUCACAAAGGCUCGUAGCAUUGCAGCAAUUGCGACAUAAGAGCAAGUAG